AUGGAUCGGGUGGAUGGACCUGGAGGAGGCUGUGACCCCGUGGGCAGCCUGUGCUGGAGCGGGCUCCUGGCAGGGUCUCUGGACCCAUGGAGAGAGGAGCCUGCGCUGGAGCAGGUGGAAAAGGGUUUAGUUGACAGCACUCAUGCUAAGCAGGUUUUAAAAUGCCUGUCUUCUUUUCAGCCAUUUAAAGUUUUGGCCACUGAAACUGUAACUGGAAAGGCGUUAGAGGCAGACAUAUACAAUGCAAUUCCUACUGAAAAGGUGGAUGGAACCUGCUGUUACGUAACUACCUAUAAAGGUCAACCGUAUCUAUGGGCAAGGCUGGAUCGAAAACCCAACAAACAAGCUGAAAAAAGGUUUAAACGAUUCUUGUAUUCACUGGAAGAUUGCAAAGAAUUUGUUUGGAAUGUUGAAGAGGAUUUCAAGCCUGUUCCCGAUACCUGGAUUCCAGCAAAGGACAUAGAGUUCUCUAAUGGCAAUCCUUUGCCCGAUGAAAACGGACAUAUGCCAGGUUGGGUGCCUGUGGAGAAAAAUAGUAAGCAGUAUUGCUGGCACUCAUCUGUUGUAAAUUAUGAGGCUGAAAUAGCACUGGUGUUGAAACACCAUGCUGACCCAGGGCUUCUGGAAAUCAGUCCAGUGCCAUUAUCGGAAAUUUUAGAACAAACGUUGGAGCUUAUUGGGACUAAUAUUAAUGCAAAUCCAUAUGGACUAGGAAGCAAGAAGCAGCCUGUACAUCUUCUUGUACCACAUGGAGCGUUUGAAAUAAAGAAUCCACCUGCUUUGAAAUAUAAUGACAUAAUGUCUUGGUUUGAAGGCUGCAGUGAGGGUAAAGUUGAAGGAAUUGUGUGGCACUGCCAUGAUGGGUGUUUAAUCAAGCUCCAUCGCCAUCAUCUUGGUUUACGCUGGCCGCUUGCAGAGACAUACCUGAAUUCUCAGCCUGUUGUAAUUUCUUUUAAUAGAACUAAAUAUGACUGUGACUUUGAACCAAAGAGUUUGUUUCACCAGUUUUCCAACUUGGAUGGUCAGAGAUUUGACAGACUCGAAGAUAUCAAGUUUGAUGCUUGAGAUUAUUUUUCUCUGAAGUUAAUUGUCGUAUGUGCUGCAUUCCUCUUACUUGUGUCUACUACAGAACUCUUUACAAAUAAUCUUCUAGCUUAGGCAGCAGCCUAGGUACUGUAUGAUUUUAAGUUUUUCCUAAAUGACUAAUCUUAUAUAACGAGAUAUCUGACAUCCAGAGAAGAGAUCUAGCUUUCAGCAUGUUUAUUUUCAGUUCUGAAAAAUCCUUAACUUUU